AUGACGGACAUGCUGAGUGAGGCCCGAGUGUACGCGUGUUCACACUCCGUUUCCCCUAACCCAUCCUAUCCUCUUCCCUCCCACUCACACCAGCUCCUGGAGUUCGCCUAUCGCUACAUGACGGACGUGCUGGGCGAGGCCCGUGUGUAUGCAGAGCAUGCGGGGCACGCGGCUCUGGAGGUGGAUGAUGUGCGCCUGGCUGUGCAGGCCAAGGUCUCCUCCUCCUUCUCGCAGCCACCGCCCAGAGAGGUGCUCAUGGAGCUGGCGCGAGCAUGCAACGCUGUGCCAAUCCCGCCCAUAGCCGGGUCGGGGCUCUUUGCGCUGCCCCCUGAGGCCGAGUGCCUGCUGCAGCCCAACGUGCAGAUCGCUGUCCCUCUGCCCGGCCCUGCUGCUCGUGGAUCACACAAGAGACAACGAGAGGGAGACACAGGAGGAAAAGCAGGGGGGAGGGGAGGAGGGGGGAAGGGAGGGGACGCUGCAGGAAGAACCGUCGUCGCAGCACGCAAUCCCAACGCGUUAACGCCGUGUCCGUCGCCGCAACCCACUCCGCUCUCCAGCACCGCUACCACCUCCUCCACCUCCUCCUCCGCGCCUCACUCGUCGCAUCCCUCACGCUUUUCGCACACACUUCAACCGACUGCUCCCCUUCCUGCUAAGGCCCUAACCUUCGAGUUCAACCACGUGUUCGGCUAUGAUUCGUCCAAUUUCGAGGUAUACACCGAGUUCUGCAAGGGAGCGGUGGAGAGGGCUGUGGCGGGGUGCAGAGCGGUGGUGCUGGUGUACGGGCAGACGGGCACAGGCAAGACGCACACCAUCAGCGGAAGCAACGUGGAAGCGGGUGUUUUUCACCAUGCUAUGGCAGAUGUCUUCCGGGCGGCACAGAAUGCUGUCGUGUCUCGUCAUGGUGCCAGCUGUCAGAGUGCUGACGUCAGUGGAGCUGAGCGUGAGGAUGUGGGAGCGUUGGAUCUGUCCACAUUGGCAGCAGCAGACACGUCAGCAGCUGCUGGGAAUGCCACGUCAUCAUCUGCAGGAGAGGGGGGUUCUCCAGCCGCGAAUCAAUCACCACCGUUGAUGUGUUUCCUAUCGGUGGUGGAGAUUUACAAUGAGAGAGCCGUGGACUUGCUGCAGGGAGUAAAACCUAGCUCCGUGCAAGAGAAGGAGAAUGGGAGCAGUCGCAGUAGCGACAGCUCUAGGAGCAGUUCUAACAGCAGUAUCUCACACGCAGCAGGGAGGAAGCUUAUAACGGAGCAGCAGCUGCACUCAGUGGAAGAGGCGGCAGUGGCGUUUGAGCUGGCAGGGCACAGGCGCAAGGUGCGGGGCACGAGCAGGAACAAGCAGAGCAGCCGCUCCCACAUGCUCUAUGUCAUUCGGAUCAGAAAAACGCUGCCGGUGAGUGGUGCGGAAACGAGAGCGAUGGUUAUUGAAGGAAAUGAAGGGCUCUUCAACGAAGGGCACCAUAAUGAAGGGCUGUAUAGCGAAGGGAUGCUGUACCUGGUGGACCUGGCUGGCAGCGAGAGCUGCAAGGGAGAAGACGCAGCAACAGCAGCAGCAGGAGGAGCAGGUGAAGGAGCAGGAGGAAAAGGAACAGGAGGGAGGGAGCAGCAGCAGGAGGGCCCAUGGUGGGGCGGAGAGAGCCCUGUAGUGCCGCUCAUCACAGGCCUUCCCACAGGGCCCCUCGUGCCGCCCCUGGCCCACCGACAGAAGCAGUACCAGCAGAAACGGGGACAGGCUCAGAUGCAGGUGCCGCCGCAACAGCAGCAACAGCAGCGGCACAAGGAGCAGCGGCAGGUGGGGGGUUCGAGGCGGGUAGGGCAGAGGGAGGCUAAGAGGAGGGAGACGGAGAGCAUCAACAAGAGCCUGCUCGCGCUCACCUCUGUCCUCACGCACCUCAGCCAGGCCCGGCCGGGCCUCCCGCCGUACCGCCGGUCUCUGCUGACAAGGCUGCUGCAACCGUGCCUGGGAGGCAGGUCCGGUGGUGACAAUGGUGACAAUGGUGGCAGCGGGGGAAGCAGUGGGUACUGUGCUGUGCUGUUCUGCAUCGACACUCAAGACGUCCACGUCAGCAAGACCACUCUCAGGUACUCUGCCAUGACGCGGCGAAUCCGCGUGGACUAUCACCCUUCGAUACUGUCACUCUCCGCGCCCAAGCAUGCCCCUCCAGUCGUUCACAAGCCCGCUAGGCGUCGGCCAGCAAAGGCCCCCGCUGCUGACGCACGCUCGCACAGCCCCACACCGGCACAAGGAGAGAAACAGCAGAAGAAGGGCGUGAGGGCAGGUGUGACUGGGGUGAGUAAAGUGGAGGGAAGGAGAGUAGACGAAAAAAUGGGUGUACAUGGGAAAGGGAAGGAAGGGGAGGUGGAAGAGGAGAAGGAGGAGCAGGGGGAGAAGAUGGGAGUUGAAGAGGAGGUGAGGGUAGUGGUUGAGGAGAGGGAGGAGAAGGGGUUGGAGGAGAGGAGCAGGGAAGGAAAUGUGCUUCAAAGGAAUGGAAAUGGGAUUGAAGGGAACGUGCUUCAGGAAUGUGGGUUGAAUGCGGAAGCUGUUGGGGUGGUGUGUGAGGGAGGGACGGCAGGGGAAGCAGUGCUUGAGUGGUACAAUGGCUAUGGUGACUAUAGCGAUAAGGAGAACGCUUUUAACGAGUAUGCUCUGACAACACAGGCACAUCCGGAGCAGAUGGGGCUGGGGCUAAGUGCUGCUGCCACUGGUGCUGCUGCUGCUGCUGCUGCUGCUGCUGCUGCUGCUUUUGACCAACCUUCUGUUGGUGCCUCCAGCAGCAACGGCAGCAUUGCUCCUGGUGCUGCCGCACGCACCGCCGCCGCCACCACAUCUGCUGCUGCUGCUGCCAACUGUUCUGCUGCAGAGCUUGGGUGUGACUCGAGCCAUCCCUUCUGCAACCAGGCGAAUCCAUGGAAGUGUGCAGCUGUGGUGUGUACAGCCAUGCAGUGCAUUGCUCUGGACGUGCUUAGCAGAGGCGACAGGGAUGAGGAGGACGGAGAGGCGGAGGAGGGAAGAGCGUUUGGUGAAGCGGGAAUCUGCUUGAAGCAAGUGGAGAAAGGAGAGGGAUGGAGGAAAAUGGACAUGGAAGGACAUCGAGUGGAAGGGGAGGAGAUUCUGAAAGGGGGCGCCGGAGGCAGGAAGAAGAGGGCUGUGGUGCUGCAGCGCUGGUUGGCGAUGGCAUGUGUAUGCUUCGGCAGUCGGGAUGAUGUUGGUGCGGUGUGGUAG